UGUUGUGUAAAAAACUAAAUAUUUCCAUUAUAAUAGCAAUAUAAAUAGGCAAAGAAAGCCAUGGCGUCCGACACACUAAACAUAGCCCGCCGUAAAUUAAACGAAGCACUGGGGGAUAAAGCCACAAAGUACCUCAACCAAAUGAAGCUUUGGUUCCGAAUGAAACUGACCAAAGAGGAGUUUGACGCCGAGGCCAGGUCCUUGCUCACUGCAGACCAGGUCCACUACCAUAAUGAGUUCCUCUUAGCGCUACUGAACAAAGUAGAAGGCCUGGCUGAAACGUCCAUGUCGAUUGCUCAAGAAAAGGCGAACUCCCAUAGCAGAAACAGCCGACGACACAAAAGGACCUCGCGAGGCACAUCGGAGAAGUCCAACUUCGAGUCCGCAGACCUGCUGGAGUACCUCGCGCCCAACUCCCCGCCCGGCGCCGGCAGUGAUGUCGUCAAAUAUGCUGUACAGGAGAUCUUCCUGCCGGACCACGCGCUGGUGGUGGGCCGGUUCAUGCUGGCCGCGUGGGAGCUCGGCCUGGAGGGCGCUGACGACGAGGCCGCUGAUCUCAUUGUUGUUUCAGUACAGAACUUCCUGAAAAAUGUGAUAGCAGCAGUAGUAUCCCAACGCAAGGGCUACAAGACACGCAACAAAAACUUCAUGUAUGAUGUUGGCUGCGACAUCCCAAACAUGUGGCUGCGGAACACUGCCAACUACUAUGACCCUCAGAGCGAGGGGCGGGUGGACCUGGAUGAUGGGGCUGAGCCACUAGAGCCGAGGUGCCCUCCCACCAUCGAUGAGGUUGAACAAGCAACUGCAUUUGAGAUUGCUUGCAGUGCCCCAAACCCGAAUCCAAACGACGACAAGCUGACUAUAGAAGAGUUUUACGACACGCUACUUGUUCAUAGAAACGUGAUCGCGAGCCACUCCGUCUAUGCAGUGAACAUGGAGAGGUUAGCCGCCCUGCUCAAUCAUUCCACCUAUUAGUUUGUAAGCUGUAUUUAUUGUAAAUAAAAUAGUAAUGUUUAAGAUUAAGGUUAAAAUAGAAUAAAGGAUUAACAACAUUUGAA